GUUUUAUAUAUAUCUAACUUUUACUACAUACUUGUCAUGACGAACAAACUUCCUUUUCCUGUAUUUCGCUUCAAACCACGUACUACAUCUAAGAUUCCAGGCGCUUCUAUCAUAGUACUUCAAGAAUGGUGGGGUGUCAACAAUCAAUGUAAACAACACGCUCAACGAUUAGCUGACGACACCGGUGCUCAUACAGUAAUACCUGAUUUAUACAAGGGAAAAGUGGGAGUGGAUGCUGAAGAAGCUUCUCAUCUCAUGAAGAAUUUGGACUGGCGCAAUGCGAUUUCAGAAUUACAACAACUGACUUUACAACUUCACGAAGCAAAGUACCCAUCUGUUGGCUCUAUUGGUUUUUGUAUGGGUGGUGGUCUUUCACUGGCAUUGGCUAGUCAUUUAGCAACAGCUUCCAAGUAUCCUCUGAAAGCAUGUGUUUCUUGUUAUGGUACACCUCCUGGUGAUCUUUAUGAUGUUAGAGAUAUUACAACCGUGACUCCGGUACAAGGCCAUUUUGGAGGAAAAGAUACAAUGAAAGGAUUUAGUGAUCCUGAAGCAGCUGACGCACUUGAAUUCAACCUCAGAAUACAUAAAACGGCAGAAUCCAUCAUCUAUCGAUAUCCGGAACAAGGUCAUGCAUUUAUGAACGAUGAGGAAUGGUCUAUCGAACAACGAAAGAAUUUAGGAUUUGUGGAUAAGACAUCGGAUCCAAAAGUGACUGAACAACAAGUCCGUGAAUUGGCUUGGUCUCGUAUUAAUAGCUUUUUUGUUCAACAUCUUAGUAAUCGACAACAAAGUGUAGAAUCUUUGGACAAACCACUGGGUUAGAUUAGAUAUUUUUGUUUUUUUUUGUGUGUUGGGGACAUCAAAUGAAAUCAAAUAAAAAAAAAAAAACCUUUUUGUAUGACUCU